AUGUCUAAAGCUGUCGGUAUUGAUUUAGGUACUACUUACUCCUGUGUUGCUCACUACGCCAACGACAGAGUUGAAAUCAUUGCAAAUGACCAAGGUAACAGAACUACUCCAUCUUUUGUUGCUUUCACUGAUACUGAAAGAUUAAUUGGUGAUGCUGCCAAGAAUCAAGCUGCUAUCAACCCAGCCAACACUGUUUUCGAUGCCAAACGUUUGAUUGGUAGAAAAUUUGAUGAUGCUGAAGUUCAAAACGAUCUUAAACACUUCCCAUUCAAGAUUGUUGACAAGGGUGGUAAGCCAAACAUUCAAGUUGAAUACAAAGGUGAAACCAAGGUUUUCACUCCAGAAGAAAUCUCAUCCAUGGUUUUGGGUAAGAUGAAGGAAACUGCUGAGGGUUACUUGGGUGGUACUGUUAAAGAUGCUGUUGUUACUGUUCCAGCUUACUUUAACGAUUCUCAAAGACAAGCUACCAAGGAUGCCGGUUUGAUUGCUGGUUUGAACGUUUUGAGAAUUAUUAACGAACCAACUGCUGCUGCCAUUGCUUAUGGUUUGGACAAGAAAGGUUCAAAAGGUGAACACAAUGUCUUGAUCUUUGACUUGGGUGGUGGUACUUUUGAUGUUUCAUUGUUGA